GAAAAAAGCCGCGUCUGCGCGCUUGCGCGUCGAUGACCAGGCAUUGCGGGACUUUCAUGUGCUAACUACAUAGUCUCACCACCAAAAACGUCGAUCUGUCACCGCACCAUUGCGAUUCGUGCGCGAUUUACAUCAAGUCGGAAUAAAUAGAGAAGGCGACACAGAGUUCUCAGUGACGAGCAGCAGAUCGUCGUCACCGACUCUCCCAGAGAUCUCGGCUUUUUCUACCCAUUGAAUCACAGACAUGAUUCCACGAUAAGGCGGAACAAAUCCUCGCGCUCAAUCUUUGGCUUGUGGCCAGAGAACGCCACUCUCCAACCAAUUACAAUAAAUUCUCCGAGAUCGAUACCUGCCUUGGCCGCCAUGGAGACCAAAUCCGCCUCAUCACCUCUCCACCUCAAACCCACCACCACCACCACCAACUCCCCAAAAUCCCUCCAAGAAUCCCUUCCUCCCGCCACAACCAGCCUCGUCUCAAACCACGCCGUAGAAGCUCUCAAGGACAUCGGCUUCGGCUCCAUCGCCGGAAUCGUCAGCAAAUCCCUCGAAUACCCCUUCGACACGGUCAAAGUGCGGCUCCAAUCCCAACCCGACCACCUCCCACUCCGCUACACCGGCCCGCUAGAUUGUUUCCGCCAGAGCCUCGCCCAGGAUGGAUUCCGCAGCCUGUACCGCGGCGUCAGCGCCCCGCUCGUCGGCGCCAUGGCCGAGAACGCCUGCCUCUUCUGGGCCUACCGCGUGACCCAAGACGUCCUGCGCUCCACGCCCUUCCUCUCGCGGCCCGCGGACGAGAAGCUGCCGCUCGCCGCCCUGAUCUUCGCCGGGGGCGUCGCCGGCAGUUUCACCUCCGUCGUCCUCACACCCAUCGAGCUCGUCAAAUGCCGCAUGCAGGUCCCCUUCGAGACCGCCCCGCUGUCCCCCGGCCAGACCGCGCGUGCCGCGAGCCCGCUCGCGAUCAUCGCGGACGUCUGGCGGCGGGACGGCCUACGGGGCUUCUGGCGCGGACAGCUGGGCACGUUGCUCCGCGAGACGGGCGGCGGCAUGGCGUGGUUCGGCAGCUACGAGACGCUCACCAUGUACUUCCGCGGCGGGCUGCGCGACCCCGACGCGGACAGCCUGGCGAUCUGGCAGCAGAUGGUCGCCGGCGCGGCGGCGGGCAUGAGCUACAACUUCGUCUUCUACCCCGCGGACACCAUCAAGAGCAAGAUGCAGACGAUGGACGUCGGCAGCGGCGGGGCCCGGCCGACGUUCCUCGGGGUCGGGAAGGAGCUCUGGCGGUCGCAUGGCAUCAAGGGCAUGUAUCGGGGCUGUGGGCUGACCGUGGCGAGGAGCGCGCCGAGUUCGGCGCUGAUCUUUACGAUUUACGAGGCGUUGAGGAAGAAUCUUGGGUAGGAGGGGAGAAGAAGAGACGGAGAUGGAGAGGGAGAGAGAGUUGAGUGGAAAUGAGAACAUCUAUACCUAUUUGGAAUAGCGGCUCAUCGUCUUGCGACAGGAGGGAUGGAUAGCAAGAAGUGUGGUCAGGAUCUCUCUCUGGUCCGAUGGGCGGGAGUGUUCUCGAGAGGACCCUCAAGACACACACACGAAAAAAAGAAACAAACAACGGCAGCAGCAGCAGCAUCAGGCGUGCCCCCGAAAGAAGAAACCGAUUGCAUGAAAGAGUGAUGGAGAGAAAAAAAAGGAAGAAGAAA